ACUCAUGAUCUGUGACUGCGCUUUCACGCGCUUUUUAGUAACCUGUCCUCCACUAUGGUAGUACAAGUUUUCAUAUAUACCACCGAGGAGAUACUUAUCUCCUCGGUGUAUGUGUAUAUACGUGUGCCUGUGCGCGUGUGCCGUUUGGUUUGAACUUUACGAACAUUCGCGCGCGAACUGAGCGCCAGUGGAUCAGUAUACAAUGGCGUCUUGGAAUAAAGUGGUGUCAGGAUUUAAGAACGAAGACGAAACGAUUAAUUUCGGUGCAAGGACGUUAGCAGAGAACAAUGGAUUGUUAUACGAAGCCUAUACCAUCGCUACGAUCGAAUCUGACGGAAAGGUGACUAAAGAUCCAAAUAUCAUAGCGUCUGUACAAUAUUCGAGAGUUUGUAUAGUAAUUGAUAAAUCUAUUACGAUCUUUGAAAGUGAACAAUACGAGGAAGUAUUGUUAAGUAUCACUUUCGAGUUAGAUAUAACGUGUUACUGUGUUUCUCGUGAUGGUGUCUUUGUGUUUGUCGUGUUGUCAAAUGGAGAGUUGUGUUGCCUUCAUUUGUCGAAGAGUGAAGUUAUAUUUACAAAAAAUAUCACAGAUGGGAUUAAAGUAAUAGCUUUAUUUUUACAAAAUGAAACUAACGGAUGGAUCAACAUAUUUGCUGUUUCCGAAAGAGGAACUAUUUAUAGGAUAUCAGGAUUCAAGACUUCUGAAUCAAUUGCUUCAAAUGAAGAUAAAAAUAAAGAAAUAGCAAGUAAUACUGAAUGCACUGCAUUGCAAUGCGAGUGUACUACAUUAUUCAAAGGGUUUCCUUCUACUGAAGUAACAUAUGCUACUGCAGGAACAGUAGGUAACAGCAUGUACAUAGCCAUGUUAUCCUCAAACAUGUUAUUUAUGUGGCCCAGCGAGCAUUAUAUCAAAUUCAGUUCAUCGCAACACAGUUACACCAAAGUGAAGUUUCUUAAAAAUUACAUGGCAAUGCUAUGUCUACGUGCAGAUCGUACAUUAAGCAUGAUCUGUCCUCGAACUUUACUCGGUAUAACAGUGAAUAAUGCGCCUGUAACAGAUUUUGCGAUCAUUGAAAAUAAUGAUAACAGUUCCUGUCAAAUUGUUACCCUAACAUCCGAUUGUAAAGAACAUACUGUGCACGUUCUCUCGUACCCAGACUUCCAGGAGAAGUUUCAAAUAACUGUACCGGUUGUAACGUUUCUUGUUGAAAUCAUGGAUCCUUGCGAUGAAAUAAUUUUGUAUUUAGAAGGUGUCAAUGUUAACGCGAUAACCGAGUAUGUAGAUAUGAUUCGACUGAAAACUGUGUCAGAGAGUAUGCCCGAACAUCAAUUAGGACGUUUAAUAAGAAGGGAACAGUUCGACGCCGCUGAAGAUUUUGCAAAUACAUUUGAUUUGUCUAAAGAACCUAUUUAUUGCGCGAAAGCAGCGUUGCUCUUGUCGCAACUUGGGCCUUGGGCAAAAGAACGUCCUGAUUUGAAUAAAGUUGACACGAUUCUCGAUAUAUUUGAUAAAAUAGAAAAUGUGCAAUACAUAGUAGAGUGCUGUAGCAAAGCGCUUAUUCCGAACUACGAGCAGAUGCGAAGGUUUCAUCUAUACGCACGUUCAAGAAUAAUGAAAAACACGGCUGAACAUUUAAAUCUUCUUCCUUCGAUCAAUGACGUAAUGCACAAGUUGGAAACGUUUCAUAUGAUUUGGGGCUGCAAGAGGGAUAUGGAAUAUUACGAUGAGGACACCGUGAAGGCGUGGAUUCGAUUUUCAAGAGCAGACUUCUUGGAAGAAUACAAGACGCAUUUGAGGAUGGGAGAAUUUGAAGCGGCUACUUCGAUUUGGACGAGGCAUCUUCCAGACAUGAUCAAACACGUGAAUAUAGAAGUAGUGAAGGGUAUAUUCACAAUUCUCCCGGAGAACACAUCUCCGUCUGCCCUUUGGCCGUGGUUGUCUAAUUACGUUCCAACUUUAUUGUCGUUCAUCCCUAGCGCAAUAUGCGAAAUUAUUCUUUGGGGUUGCAAGAGGAUUAAAUUAUUCGAGCAGUUUUAUCAUUCAAAGUGGCCUCAGAUUGGAAUCGACUUUGCGAACAAGUUUAUCAAGAUAUUAAGAUUCGAAGAGAGAUCCUUAUGUCUUCAGGAAGUGUAUUCGGAAGGAGACACAUACUUGAAACAACUUACUCUUCUCAUGCAAGCCAUGUCUGAUAUAAAAAAGCUAAAGGAUAAUUAUCGAUUGAUUAUAUCCCUCGACUCGUACAUCGGGGAUCCCAUCGAAGUAACGUACAUAUUACUGGACAAAGUGCAUGUGGACGUAAUACCGGAAUUUCUAAAUACGUUUUUGAAACGGUACAUGCUGAACAAUUCAUUGGAGGGCGAUUACGCGUUUUCUUCGUACAUACAAAAGAUGUUAACGAAUUCUAAAGGCUGGUGGCUCGGCGAGGAAACAUUCUGGGAGAGAAAGGUAAUCGUCAUCAUUGAUUUGAUCCAGAAGGUAGAAACUAAAUUGCAGCAGACGUUGGAGGUGUUAAAACGAGCCUCGGUUCCGUGGAGUUCAACCAUCGUGGCUCUAGUCGAAACAAGCUGUAAGUACGAUCAUGCCUUGACCGCGGAAAUUAGGACGGAGCAGAGUUUUGUGCCGGUCAAACUCAUUUUGAAGAAAUACGGAUACGAACGCGUCGGCGUGAACGGCAAACUAAUGCAGCGCGUAAUAAAAGAAAAUCGUGACAGCAUGAUUUCGGAUCUUCAACAAUUGACUAAAAAUGACGUGUCGUUGAAGAAGCAGAUAUUUUCUAAUUGCGUGAACUAUCAUCUGUCUAUGGGAAAUUUAGAAGACGCGACGAACGUAUUAAAUUCAUUGGAAAACGAUGUUUUAUUGCACUGUUGUGAGAACAUUGGUGGAUACGUGGAAGCCUGUUUAAAGUUCAACACCGUACCCGAAUAUAUCACGUAUCAUAUCGAGAUGUUCGGUUGGGUGAGAUUACAGUUGGAAAAAUUUUCAAGGGAAGCACGUUGUUCAAGCAACGAUAUCAUCGACAGUUUAGACAGAAUAAAAUCAAUGUACAUGUUGAAGAAAGAUUUCGGAAUCAGUAUCACAGUCGACGAGUACUUUUUUAAGAAAAAGGAAAUACUACGAAAUUACAUUACAAGAUUGUUUAAUGAAGCUUCGGAGGAAGAAGAAAUGAUGAUCUACAAGAAAGUUACCAGAGUCGCGGAUCUACUUGCGUUGGAAAGAACAGAUGCUACUACUGUAUCCUUGUUACUGGAAUCAACGAGCGACGACAAUUUAUUGAAUUUCUUAAUCAGAUGUAUUAAAAAACAAUUAAACGAAAUGGCGAGCGAGCCCCAAUACGCGUAUAAAAUCUGCUUGCCUUUAAUGCAACACGCGGACAAAGUGGACGUAGAUCUAGCAGCUACGAUUCAGAAUAUAUGCUCUCUUGCAUUGUCUGUGUGUCCCGGUGAAGAAUUGCCAUCAGUUUUGGACUUGUACUCGUGGGCAACUUUGUAUAAGGAAUGCUCCAGUAGAAGCCUUUGUGCAAUUGACGCGAAGCAAGAGAUCGAAGAAAUACCGAGGAAGGAAUGGAAGGAAUGGACGGAAUUAUACGAAAUGUACAAAGACCCGGCGAUUGGAGCAAAUCAAUCUGUAUUACCAUUAUUUGGAAAAGUGAUUUCUACACAAAUGUCUUGUAUUGUUCGAUCGGAUGCUGAAGAGAUACACUCGAGUACGGAGGAUUCAAUGAACAAAUUGAUUGAUAAAAUGAAAGGAUUAAGAGGAGAACACAACGAUUAUCGGCUAUUACAAAUCGUCAAAACUGUAUAUAUUGAUUUUUGUUGCAGGUCACAGAUAAAUACAUCAUUGUUAAUGGAGAUGAAAUCAAUAUAUCUGCAGCGUUUAACGAUGCUGUUAAAAAAAAUAAUUAGCGCUCGGGGGUUUGACCUCCAGCUUGGUCUAUCUUGCCUUUUCAUGUUAUCUGAUUCGGAAGCGUGCGCCUGGAUUUCCACUGCUUACAAGUCGUACCAGCCUGACUGUAUUCGACAUUUAAGAAUAGUAGAACUUGGACACGCAUACUUUCAUCUGACAAGAAAUCAUACGCUACUCGAACCGUUCCAGAAUAACAAACUACUGUAUUAUUGGGCGGGCAAAUUGUCCAAGUACUCGGUUUCGUAUAACGAGAUCUUGACGAGCGACCUGACAGCCAAGAGGAAAAUAUUGCAGGGAAUCAUGACUUAUAACGACGACAUGAUUCCCUUGUUCCAUGAGUUUUGUUCCGAUUUCGGCUUCGACUUUCAAGAUUGCUUAUUGCUGUAUUUGGAAGUGGUAGUAAAAACAUGGAACCCAACGUUACACGUAGACGAUUACAAUGGGAAAGAAGAGUUACGCAUCGAUGAAGAAGAAGUGAUGGAUUUGAGGAAAAAAUGUGAUCUCAUUGCUAGUUACAUCAACGACCAAAUUGCCUUGAAGAAUCGCAUUAGGACGUGUCUGUUGGAAGUAAAUUUCUAUCAUUACGAAGUAUUUAUAAUUCUCAUGGAUCUUAUAAACGAGAAGGACGUCGAGAAAAGAAUUUAUUUCUACUUUUUACAAAAUUAUACUCGCGUCGGUCAACCUACGAAGAUAGAACUCGACGAAUGGCUGCAUAUCAAUCCAGGGUAUACGUCCGCACCACCUAUAGCUAAGUGGCGACUGCCUUAUUUUCCAAAAAUCAAUUUGUUGAACAUUAUAACUCCCGAACUGAAUUUGAAGACCUACGAGAAAUGGCUGGAAAUUGCUGACAUCUUUAAAUUGCAGCCUCACAUCAUAUGCACAUUGGCUAUAAAGGGAGAAGUGACGCAGACUUGGGAAAAUGCUCGCAGAACGACCUCCGAAUGGUCCCUAUGUCCGAGGAACAGCACUUUGUUGAAUAAUAUAAAAAAGUGUAUAGAAAAGAUGACUGAUCCGGACGCGUUGUACUACGGUACAGCCGCGUUGUAUUACGCUGUGAAUCAGACGCCACCGGGAGCCGAUCAAGUGGCUGCGGCCGAGGAGUGUUUCAAAUACGCUCAGCUGUCCGUGCAAAAGUCCACGCAAUUCCAAGAAUCGAUGUUGGAGAAGAUAAAGUUCAAGUACUUACGCUUCUCGACGGAGCAUAUUUUACGCACGCACGGCUUAGGAGAUACCAAGUAUUUGUCGUUAAUUGGGAAUCCAGACAAAUUGGUACGCGAAUUGUACACGGACGAGAGUAUCCCCAAGAGGUAUCAAUACACCAGCGAUCAUAGACCCGAUAUCAAUUCUGCAGUUAAUUCCAUCAGUCAGCUGUACGGUAUGAACAUUGUGAAACUACGAAUGGAAUUAUUACAAGGCUGGUUGCAGCCAGAUGUUAAAUACUUGAGUCGAAGCGUGACGGAAACAUUUUCAAUACCUCACAAUUCCGAAUCGAAUUCCAAUAGUUUUGACAAUUUAGCGAGAGCGUGUUACAUUUUGGAACACGGAGAUCUCGAACUGUCGGCUAAUUUUCUUAUAAACAUAGCUUUCAACGAUAAGAAUGAAGAUUAUUGUCCCGAAGCUCGUUACAGAGCUUUACGCGUGUUACAGUCUAUAGUCGACCCGGCCAAGUUAGAGGACCUGACUAAACGCGAUCAUCAAACAAUCAGGAAUUAUAUGAAAUCGUUAAUGUAUAUAAGCAAACUCGAAUCGUUAGGAAUAAGUUGUAGCGUGAAUGCGUUUGAAAUGUGUUCUAAACAUGAGAUUGUACAAAUGUUAUGGAAAUCGCAAAGAUACUCACCGCAGGCGUUCAUCACCAUCGCAGAGCUCUGUAUAGAUUUUGAAAUAUAUGAAUACUCCCUGUGGGACAAGGUACUGGUUAAAUUAGCCGAAUCAUUAAUGAUCACUGAACUGAAAAGGAUUUUGCUGCAAGUACGGAACGUAAGUGUAAUUGUAAAUUCGAACGGAUAUCUCUUCGGAUGGGAAGUGAUUACUACAGAACCAUUUAGGAGGAUGGAUGUGUACCCGACUGCUGAACAAAUCGAAAACUGCAUCGGCGCGCUACGACUUUUGUACUCAUGCCCUGUUGUACGAACAUUAAGUUUCAAAGAGAUCGUAAGAUAUUGCUUCCAGUGUCAACAGCCACAUUUGGCACUCGUGCUGCUACCGUUUUUAAACGACGAAGAAACGCAGUUCACUCUGGAGAAACUGAAACGUACCUCGAAUAUUGAGAAGAUAUUAGAAGAUCUGAAUAAUUUGGUACCAGACGGAAUACUUUUUGUGGAUUACUGCAAUACAAUUAUACAAAAGUACAUUAAUGAAAAUGAUCAGCCAGCCUGAUGGAACAGGGAAAUUGAUGUCGAGAUGGAAUUCGCUUACUGAUGCCGAUUCUGUUGGAAGUAAAUUUGUAUCAUUACGAAGUAUUUAUAAUUCUCAUGGAUCUAAUAAACGAGAAGGACGUCGAGAAAAGAA